AUUUCGGAAGGUCAGAAGAAGGAGGAACACUAAAAUAAAUAUUUUUAUUUACAGAAAUUUAGCUAAUUAUUACCUAAAUGCAGUGGACAAACUCUUAAUUAGAUAAUGGCUGAGUCGGAGAGUAUAUCGGGCCCGAUACUGCAUGUAGUUGUAGUAGGAUUUCAUCAUAAGAAAGGCUGUACUGUUGAAUAUUCCUAUCCUCCUCUCAUAGAAGGUAACCCAGUGGAGAGUAGUGAACUGCCUGCACAGUGGAAACAUCUUCCAUCCUUGGCUUUGCCAGAUGGAGCUCACAAUCAUGAGGAAGAUACAAUAUUCUUCCACUUGGAGUCAAGAGAUGAGCAGAAUGAAACAGUGUUUGGGAUAUCCUGCUAUAGGCAAAUUCUGGCAACAGAUUUAAUCAACAGAGGGACUGAUGUCACGAGGAAUACUGUACAAAAGAGUGUAUGUGUACUCAGCAAAUAUCCUCUUUUUGGUCUGAUCACUGCCAAGCUGGAGUUAAUUACACAUGCCUACUUCCAAGAGAGGGACUUCUCCCAGGUGUCCCUACUGGAAGAAACUUACAAGAAUCUAAAUAUGAGUGUCACUGGUGCAAAGGAUGAUGCCCAGUGGUUUGUGGGCCUGUCAUCCCGGGAAGCAGUGAUCCAGUUCAAACACAAAAUCUUAGUUUUGUUUAAGUUGAUGAUGCUAGAAAGAAGGGUGUUAUUUUUUGGCUCCCCAGUGAAGAAAUUAUGUAACACUCUACUCUCUGUGUUGGCCCUCCACCCUGGUAUGAUAGAAUGUGGUCUAAAAGAAUCUGCCUGUUUAACCAAAGCAUCAAAUUGCGUAGCGUCAUCUCUUAAAAUAACCAACAUAGGUAAUAACAUGGAUAGUGUGGACAAUUUCCUUGAAGUGCAAUACAACAAAGAAUCUGAUAGAACAACUUUGGAGAGUAAAUUAGAAGACAAUGCUUUCAUCAAAAAUGAUGCGCCUAAAAGUGAUAACCAAAACCAGCUUGAAGAGACUCUGUCUGAUGAGAAUAAAAACAUUCCACAUGUGGAUCAUAAAAGCAGUGAUAAUGUUUCUAAUGAUGGUGAAAGGUUGACUCGUGAGUUGAGUGUAGGGAGUGACGUUAGUGAGAGAGAUAUCUCUGCAGUGAUCUCUAGAGGACGACUAGCAAGUGAUAAGCGUAAGGUUUUGGACAAUAAGGGUCAUGAGAUAGUUUGUGAAGAUCCUUCUCACAAGGAGCAGGCCUGUGAUGUUAGUCAGAUUACCCACAUAGAGGCAAUUCAGAGGCUAUCAUCACAAGAUGGAGAUGAAGCCAUGUUAAGCAGUUCUCCUAAAGUUAGCUCUGGACCCCUGGAUAAUAUUAAUGACAUCACACAAGUUGAACCAGUGCAAGGUUUGCGUGUAGAUGUCACUCAGCCAAUACCUAUCAAUGUCCAGGACCUUGACACACCUGAGAGCAUCCAACAGAUAGACAAUGAGGACCUUUUCUCCUUUGAGGAGGACAAGUUACUUCUAACAAUGGAAGGCACUGACACCAGCAGCACCAGGACACCAGAUUCCGACAUUCCAGAUUUAUCAAUAGGUGGCACUAGUGUUGAUCCAGAUAAGAAAGGACAUGGCUUGUACAUUGCCACUUCUGAUCCAAUGAACAAUAUGUUUAACAGUGAGGACAGCUUCCAGGACAUAUCUCUGCUGUCAGAUAAAGACACACCAAAAUCAGAACUUGCACCUGUGCCAAUCAUAGCUCGUAAAGACAGCCAAUCCAGCAUCAAUUCCUCAAACUCUAUUAAGUCCAACAACAGCAACAUUAGCAGUAAGACUAUGCUGUUGAAGGGUAAACUCACAAGUGUAUUUGGAUUUAAAGGAGGUCAGAAGCAAGAAGUUGAACAAAAGAGUGAAAGUCCUGAGAUAAUAGAAAGACCCCUCUCUCCAACUACUCUAAAUCUUGAUGACUUUGGCCUACCUCUCUCAAUCUAUACAAAGGGUUCAUUGUGUCAUCCCUACUUGUCCCUACAGUAUUAUGAUCUUCUUGUGGAUGUCAAUGUAAGAUGUCUUGUGAUAGGGGCAACCAACAUGCUGUUUAAACAUAAAACUGCCCUCACUGACGUCAUUGUUGAGUUUGAUGAGAACAAGAUUGAGAUUCAUGACCCAGAGCUGAGGAAACAGCUGAACCUUUCUACUGCAGAUCUAAGAUUUGCUGACUACAUUGUACAGACUGUUCAUGAGGACCAGGGGGACAUUUUUGUUGAUGACACAAGUGGAAAGAAAGACAGCGUAGGUUGGGAAGGUGGAGAUGAGUGGCUGAGAGCUCAAUUCAAGACUUACACAUUGUCUUUGCUGGCAACCACACUCUCAGAUGAUGAAAAGGCUCUGGAUGAUUAUAACAGUCAUUUCAUGAAUGCUUGGCGUACAACACACAACUACAGAAUGUGGCAGAACACCCCACAUGACGCCAUCAAGCAAGUGGAACCAGGACAUCCAUUCCGUGGGCAGGUGAAUGUGGCAGACAUGAAACUGAGGCUAGCGCACACAAUGCAAUAUACAACUGGUGGCAAAAGAAUCAAUGCAGCUGUUAUGUCAACUGGCAAAGCUAUGUCUCAAACUGGCAAAGUUGUUGGAGGAGCACUAACCAAUGCAAAAUCUGCAGUGUCUUCAUGGCUAGGCUGGCCUAGGAACCAACCAGAAAACUCAACAUGAUCUGUAUACAUAUUGAAUGUGACCCAAGCAGAAUUGUUUUGAGGUUGAAACAAUAGGUGGUAUCGACAGGAACACUCUACCUGAGUUUCAAUGCAUUCUGACAUAUAGUGACAUGACACUUGUGUACAAUUGUAGACAUGACACUUGUAUAUAACUGUAGACAUGACACUUCGUAACAGUUGUAGUUACAUGGCAUUUGGUAACAGUUGAAGUGAUGUGACAUUUUGUUACAUUUGUAGUGGCAUGAUACUUGUAUGUAUGUGUAUACUACAGCUGCUACAUGUGUGGUACUAUAGCUGCUACUUGCAUGUGUAGUACUACAUCUGCUACAUGUGUGGUACCUCAGCUGCUACAUGUGUGGUACUACAGCUU